ACACCGCGACGCUAUUGGCCGUGCUCGGCGCCACCCGGCAGUAGUUACGGAAGUCAGCCCCACUUCUUCCUCUUUCUCUCGGAGGCGGCCUCAGCGGUGUGCAACGCAGCCAUGGCCAAGAUUAAGGCUCGGGACCUGCGCGGCAAGAAGAAGGAGGAGCUGCUAAAACAACUGGACGAUUUGAAAGUGGAGCUAUCCCAGCUUCGCGUCGCCAAGGUGACAGGCGGCGCCGCGUCCAAGCUCUCCAAGAUACGAGUUGUCCGCAAAUCCAUCGCCCGUGUUCUCACCGUCAUUAACCAGACUCAAAAGGAAAACCUCAGGAAAUUCUACAAGGGCAAGAAGUACAAGCCUCUGGACCUGCGACCCAAGAAAACUAGAGCCAUGCGCCGGCGGCUCACCAAGCACGAGGAGAAGCUCAAGACAAAGAAGCAGCAGCGGAAGGAGAGGCUGUACCCGCUACGCAAGUAUGCGGUCAAGGCCUAAUGGAAGGGCAAUAAAGUGCAAGACUGGCUAA